AUCUGAUUAGAGUAUAGUACCAUAUAAGAAUGUUAUUUGAUUGCAAUGACCACUGACAACUUACUGACAGUGUUCGACAUAAGCUCGAGUAUGACAUUUAUUCGGAAAGUAUUAUAAUAUUUGAAAAAUUAUUUUUAAUCGUUAACAGAUGGUGCAUUUAAAAAAAAAAUUUGAAAGUGAAAUUAUUUGUAGUUAAUCUAAUAUCAAAUAAAUUCAAAUUGCAAUACCAUGUUCGCUAGAUCACUUAUUGUGUUUACGAACCUUGCUAUAUUGUGUUUUGCUAAUAACAGUGUUGAUUUAGGAACUGUUAUUUUCGCAAAUGUUCUUUAUAGACAUGGUGAUCGGACACCUAUUGAAUUCUAUCCAAAUGAUCCAUAUCAGAAUGAAUCAUUGUGGCCAGUACCUUUUGGACAAUUAACCAAUCUUGGUAAAAAUCAGCAUUUACAUUUGGGUCAAUGGUUAAGAAAUAGAUAUUCUCAUCUUCUAAACGACGAAUAUCUUCCAUAUGACAUUUAUAUCCGAAGUACGGAUGUAGAUCGUACAUUAAUGUCAGCUGAAGCAAAUUUAGCUGGUUUGUAUCCACCAAAAGGAAAUCAAAUAUGGAAUACUAUCCGUUGGAUGCCUAUUCCAGUACAUACUACACCAGAAUUAGAAGAUAACGUUUUAUCUGGAAAAAAAUACUGCCCAAAAUAUUUAUUGGAAAGAGAUAAAGUAUUACAAUCACCGGAGAUAAAAAAAAUAAACAAAGAAAAUCAACAUUUGUAUGAUUAUUUAACAGAGAAAACAGGAAGAAACAUUAACACUCUAAAAGAUGUUGAACAUUUAUAUGACACGUUAUAUAUUGAAAAUUUAUAUAAUAAAACUUUACCUAAAUGGACAAAAACUAUAUUCCCAGAUAAAUUAAAACCACUUGCUGAAAAAUAUUUUACAAUAAGUGCGUACAAUAAAAUAUUACAAAGAUUGAAGACAGGUCUUUUGCUUGGAGAAAUGAUAGAUCACAUGGACAAAAAAUUUAAGAAUGCUUUGAUUCCUGAUAGAAAAGUUUGGGUUUACAGUGCUCAUGAUGAAACCGUGGCAAAUAUGUUAAUGACUUUAAACUUAUUUGAUCCACAUUGUCCUCCAUAUACAGCCACAAUAUUAAUAGAAUUGAGAAUAAAUUCUAAAAAAGAAUAUUUUGUCACGAUUUCAUACAAAAAUACUACUGAAGAACCAAAUCUAUUAACUCUUUCUGGUUGCGACGCUUUAUGUCCAUUGGAUAAAUUUAUUGAAUUAACUAAAGAUACUAUACCAGAAGACUGGCACAAAGAGUGUGAAGUAGAACAUGAAAAGAGUGGGUAUAAUAUCGAUUUAACGGCUGUUGUCGCAAUAUUAACAUCGUCGAUAUUGAUGCUAGUUAGUCUAGUUUUGUUAGUAAUUGGAGUUGUUUACAGGCAUUACAAACGUGCACAUAACCAGUAUUACCUCAGAUUAACAACAGAUCCUAUAUAAAAAUAAACUAAACGAUUACGGUUAUAUUAAGAUACAAGAUAUUUAAUAUCAUCAAAGUAAAAAUAAGUGGCCAUAGAUAUCUAUUAUUAAUGUUUUGUCAAAGAUGAUGAAUUUUUUCCUUUUUAAUAUGCAACUUUUGGUAUAUAUGAAGCCAAAAAAUGUUGUAUUUCUUAUAUAGAAUUUUACACAAUAAUAUGUGUAAUGAACUUUGUAUCAAGCAAUUUUAAUUUUUUAGAUUGUGUACAUAAAAAAAUAAUGAUUUCUCUUUGAACAUAUUUAUAUAUAUCAUAUGUAAACAAGAAAAGUGACAACAUAAUUGACCAUGCUUUUAAAGAUACUAUAUAAUUUUUAUACAUGUUAAAGUUUAUAUGGAUUUAAUUAUUAAUCAAAUGGAAGAUUUGUAUUUCUCUUUUUCAUAUAGAUUUCUUUUCAUUUAUGUUACUUUUCUUGCAUACAAGAAAUAUGUAAUUAAUAUACCAAAAAAGAGAAUAUUAAAGAGAAAAUGACAGGUUGUACAUAAUUUAUGUAUUAUUAUAAAUAUUGGAAGGAUGACUGAAGUAUGUUAAACUUCCAGUGGAUAUUAUAACUAACAAUAUUAAUGAGUGCUGUGUUACUUAAGCUGUUUUCGGAAUUUUAUUUGUUACUGAUAAAAUAUUUAAUAAACAUUGUACUUUUAUUAGUACUUCAUAUGAAAUGAUAUAAACGAAGACUAAAAUUUUCAGGGUAUAUAAUUAAAAUAUCUUAUUUUGAAUAUUGAUGCAUUACAAACUGCAAAGAUUACAGUACAUUACAAUUUUUUAAAAUGUGUACAUAUAUAAUAAUAAUUAUUAUUAUUAUAUAGGUAGGAUCUGGUAUGGAGAUAACGAAAAAAAGUUGAUUAUGGAUUUUGUUAGUGAGUAUAUUGUGGAAAUAUCAGUAUGACAAAAACGGAUAAGUGUUUCUUAAAAAUAAAAGAAAUAAUAAAAUCAAAAGAAACGUCUUAAAGGCUAAUAAAGUAGGAAUAACGUCUUAAAAGUCCUUUCGCCUGAACGAUCGGCUUACGACUAACUUUCUUAUCUUUCUUUUUUUUCUUUACUUUGCGCAACGAUUUUGCUGCGUUGUUCCACGCGCCAAUCACAUACACAUACACGGGACAUUCAUAUUCAUCCUAAACAAACGAAUCGCUGCACCGUACGUGCCAUUGCUUAUCGGCUGUGGUUCGACAAAAGGAGAAUUUCAUGUUUCGUCUCCACAUAUAGUUUCUCGUGUGUAUUUAUAAAAUACAUAAUAAUUUUUUAUCUAUAUAAUAAACAUAUUAUUUAAAAGAAAAAGUUCGUUCAAUAUAAGCAGUCAUUUUUACAUACAGUAUUAAUUGCUUUUUCGUAUUAUCUAAAAAUUAAAUUGAUUUUUAAUACUAUC